AUGCAGUUGAUGCGGCCGCAGCAGUGUGGUGCUGUGAAUGUGGAGAUGGACUGUGCUUCCUCAGUGGACAUGAGCAAGGUGAAUCAACCUCUGAAAAUAGGACAGGGGUCCUCAAAGUGUGUGGGCCCGGGUCCCUAAAUGUGUUUUGUGAAGUGUGUAGUAACUAAAUAAUGAUGCCUAUUAUGCUGUGAGAACAAGGAGUCCGCUUACACUGUACUUUGAUUAUAAAGGUUUAUUAUAUCAAAAGAUUUCAGCGUCAAUUUACAGACUUCUGCAGGCAUCUGGAGAACAACGGACCCGAUCUAAUAUGUUGUUACUCCCCGUCCUUUGUUUUAAUCAUGGUAUUUAUAAUCUGCGACAUGAUAUGGGUGGUUUCACCUACAGACCAAUCCCAUGACUCCACACAACAGACUUCCUCUGUUUUAGGGUGCCCCUAUAGAACUGCUCUCCAGAUGCUUCCCUAAGCUGAAUCAACAUCCUCUAAGAUACCAUUGGCAAACGUUAGCAAAGUCAUAAAUUGCUUAGACACUACAAGUGGUACUAUACUUUUGACUAAAACGAUGUGUGUAUAUUUGUGUAUGUCAGGUGGAGGUGCUUCAGAACCAGAUCACCACCAGCACCACAGAGGUGAAGACCUCUCAGUCUCAGGUGACCGACCUGAAGAGGACCUUCCAGAGCCUGGAGAUUUGAACUGCAUGGCCUGCUCACUCAGGUAUGAUGUCAAACCAUCUUAGUGAAUCAGAAUCGCUAAACAUAUAGCAUUUGUCUUUACCCUAUCUCUGUUCCUAAAAUAUGGAAUUCCUGUAGGUGUUAAAGGAACAUUACACUCCAAAAUCAAAGUUUGUUAGAUGUUUUCAGACCUCCACUGUGGUCUAAUGUCAAGGUGUUCUAACUCCUUUAUGCGCACCAAUCUAACUAUCUCUACGCUUCUUCAUCUCCCUGUUUAUCAAUUUCUACUUCCCUCUCCUUUCUUCCUUCUCCAUCUUCUUCAUCCCUUACAAACAUAAACACAUUCCUAGAAGGGGUACCUGGAGCAGAGCGUCACUGAUAUAAACGGUCGCUAUGGCUCCCAGCUGAGCCAGCUGCAGGUUCAUAUCAACAGCAUGGAGGAGGAGCUGCAGCAGCUCAACGUCAGCAUCCAGCAGCAGGCCUCCGAGUACCAGAUCCUCCUGGACAUCAAGAUGAGGCUGGAGAUGGAGAUCGCUGAGUACAGUAGGCUGCUGGAUGGAGAGGGACUCAGGUGAGAGGGGAUAAUGGAGAGGAGGAAAGAGAGGGAGGGGGAAGGGGGGAUAGCGAGAUGGGGGAAUGGAAAGAGCAGAGAGAGUAGAGGGAGUGGGAAGGGGAGAUAGCGAGAUGGGGGAAGGGAAAGAGCAGAGAGAGUAGAGGGAGGAUGAAGAUUGAGCAAAUUGGAGUAAUAAAGUUGAAGUCAGAAGUUUACAUUCACCUUAGCCAAAUACAUUUAAACUCAGUUUUUCACAAUUCCUGACAUUUAAUCCUAGUAAGAAUUCCCUGUCUUAGGUCAGUUAGGAUCAUCACUUUUUUUUAAAAAUGUUAAAUGUCAAAAUAAUAGUAGAGAGUAUGAUUUAUUUCAGCUUUUAUUUAUUUAAUCACAUUCCCAGCUUCCCACAAUAAGUUGGGUGAAUUUUGGACCAUUCCUCCUGACAGAGCUGGUGUAACUGAGUCAGGUUUGUAGGCCUCCUUGCUCGCACACACUUUUUCAGUUCUGCCCACAAAUGUUCUAUAGGAUUGAGGUCAGGGCUCUGAGAUGGCCACUCCAGUACCUUGACAUUGUUGUCAAGGUACUGGAGUAUGCUUGGGGUCAUUGUCCAUUUGGAAGACCUUUUUGCGACCAAGCUUUAACUUCCUGACUGAUGUCUUGAUAUGUUGCUUCAAUAUAUCCAUAUAAUUGUCCUUCCUCAUGAUGACAUCUAUUUUGCAUGAUGCUGCCACCCCCGUGCUUCACGGUUGGGAUGGUCUUCUUUGGCUUGCAAGCCACCAUCAUUUUCCUCCAAACAUAACGAUGGUCAUUAUGGCCAAACAGUUCUAUUUUUGUUUCAUCAGACCAGAGGACAUUUCUCCAAAAAGUACGAUCUUUGUCCCAAUGUGCAGUUGCAAACCGUAGUCUGGCUGUUUUAUGGAGGUUUUGGAGCAGUGGCUUCUUCCUUGCUGAGCGGCCUUUCAGGUUAUGUCGAUAUAGGACUCGUUUUACUGUGGAUAUAGAUACUUUUGUACCUGUUUCCUCCAGCAUCUUCACAAGGUCCUUUGCUGUUGUUCUGGGAUUGAUUUACACUUUUCGCACCAAAGUACGUUCAUCUCUAGGAGACAGAACGCAUCUCCUUCCUGAGUGGUAUGACGGCUGCAUGGUCCCAUGGUGUUUAUACUUGCGUACUAUUGUUUGUACAGAUGAACGUAGCACCUUCAGGCGUUAGAAUGUGUUUUUCCUGUUGUUCCAUUCGUUGCCACCAAGUGGCAUUUCUCUCAUUUAAACAUCUUUGGCCAGCCCAAUUAAAAGUGGAAACAGAUUAUUACAGUUACAUAAGUGACAUCAGGGAAAAUAUUACUUGCAUCAUCAGCCAUUAUAAAGCUAUUUUAGCUCCAUUGUAAACUCCCAGGAUCACAAGCAAUGUACGUUCUCUGUACUCUAUGACGGGUUUAAAUUCAUGUUCUGUAGGUCUACGACACCGACGCUGGAUGAUACAUUUGGCUGUUGAUAAAAUCUAGAUGUCAAUGCAUUUCAGGACACUGAUAUCAUAAUUGUGGGUGUGUUGUUGUCCUCUAAAAAGCUGAAAGAAACAUCUUUACAGCAGUGGCGGUCGUGCCGUUUAAGAUGAGGGAGGACAACAAUAUUUUUAAUGAGCAUGGCCUUAUUUCUAUUACAGCAUAUUGGAUGACUGUCAUUCAUAUUCCAUUCACCAAGUUCAAUGUAACAACGAUAGGUUUAGGGUUCUACAUGAUGCUCGAAUUUACAACAAAAAAUACAACGAAAUACAUCUCUCUCCCUCUCAUUUUGAAGAAAGCAGUGCUAGCUAGCUGUUGCUAAUGCUUUCAGUACUAGAUUCAUUCUCUGAUCCUUUGAUUCGGUGGACAACAUUUCAGUUCAUGCUGCAAGAUCUCUGAUAGGUUAGAGGAAAUCCUCUGGAAGUUGUCAUGAUUACUGUAUAAGUCUAUGGAAAGGGGUGAAAACCACGAGCCUCCUAGGUUUUGUAUUGAAGUCAACGUACCCAAAGGAGGACGGAAACUACAGUUGAAGUCGGAAGUUUACAUACAGUUAGGUUGGAGUCAUUAAAACUUGUUUUUCAACCACUCCACACAUUUUUUGUUAACAAACUAUAGUUUUGGCAAGUCGGUUAGGACAUCUACUUUGUGCAUGACACAAUAUUUUUUCAACAAUUGUUUACAGACAGAUUAUUUCACUUAUAAUUCACUGUAUCACAAUUCCAGUGGGUCAGAAGUUUACAUACACUAAGUUGACUGUGCCUUUAAACAGAUUGGGAAAUUCCAGAAAAUGAUGUCAUGGCUUUAGAAGCUUCUGAUAGGCUAAUUGACAUCAUGUUAGUCAAUUGGAGGUGUACCUGUGGAUGUAUUUCAAGGCCUACCUUCAAAGUCAGUGCCUCUUUGCUUGACAUCAUGAGAAAAUCAAAAGAAAUCAGUCAAGACCUCAGUCUAAAAAUUGUAGACCUCCACAAGUCUGGUUCAACCUUGGGAGCAAUUUCCAAACACCUGAAGGUACCACGUUCAUCUGUACAAACAAUAGUACGCAAGUAUAAACACCAUGGGACCACGCAGCUGUCAUACCGCUCAGGAAGGAGACGCGUUCUGUCUCCUAGAGAUUAACGUACUUUGGUGCAAAUCAAUCCUAGAACAACAGCAAAGGACCUUGUGAAGAUGCUGGAGGAAACAGGUACAAAAGUAUCUAUAUCCACAGUAAAACGAGCCCUAUAUCGACAUACUUUUUGGAGAAAUGUCCUCUGGUCUGAUGAAACCAAAAUAGAACUGUUUGGCCAUAAUGACCAUCGCUAUGUUUGGAGGAAAAAGGUGGUGGCUUGCAAGCCAAAGAACACCAUCCCAAACGUGAAGCACGGGGGUGGCAGCAUCAUGCUGUGGGGGUGCUUUGCUACAGGAGGUACUGGUGCACUUCACAAAAUAGAUGGCAUCAUGAGGAAGGAAAAUUAUGUGGAUAUAUUGAAGCAACAUCUCAAGACAUCAUUCAGGAAGUUAAAGCUUGGUCGCAAAUGGAUCUUCCAAAUGGACAAUGACCCCAAGCAUACUUCCCAAGUUGUGGCAAAAUGGCUUAAGGACAACACAGUCAUGGUAUUGGAGUGGCCAUCACAAAGCCCUGACCUCAAUCCUAUAGAACAUUUGUGGGCAGAACUGAAAAAGCAUGUGCGAGCAAGGAGGCCUACAAACCUGACUCAGUUACACCAGCUCUGUCAGGAGGAAUGUGCCAAAAUUCACCCAACUUAUUGUGGGAAGCUUGUGGAAGGCUACCUGAAACGAUUUACUCAAGUUAAACAAUUUAAAGGCAAUGCUAGCAAAUACUAAUUGAGUUUAUGUAACCUUCUGACCCACUGGUAAUGUGAUGAAAGAAAUAAAAGCUGAAAUAAAUCAUUCUCUCUACUAUUAUUCUGCCAUUUCACAUUCUUAAAAUAAAGUGGUGAUCCUAACUGACCUAAGACAGGCAAUUUUUACUAGGAUUAAAUGUCAGGAAUUGUGAAAAACUGAGUUUAAAUGUAUUUGGCUAAGGUGUAUGUAAACUUCCGACUUCAACUGUAUGUCCAUUACAUGAAAUCCCAAUAAAAAUCCAUUUAAUUUGUAGAUUGAAAUGCAACAAAAUAGGAAAAAACGCCAAGGGGGAUGAAUACUUUUGCAAGGCAGUGUAGAGUAUCAAGUUGGUAUACAGUAUCACUGAUACGAUCAUGGUAUUAACUCUCCACUCACCACUGACAACAAAGAGCUGACCCAGCACCUGAGUGCCUUGCGGGAGAGCCAAUCACAGCUCAAAUCAGAGAUAAGACCCACCUUACACUUUCCCCACUAUCCACAACUCAUUACCCUCCAAUGAGCUAUCAAUAACAAGUAGGAUAAAGUUGCUCUUAACACUGAUCUAAGGUCGGUUUUUGGAUUUCCCCCCUUAUUUUUAAGGCAAGGAUUUGAGGAGGCUGAGCUGAUCCUAGAUAUGUCCCUCAAGGCAAGCUUGUACGUAACCUCGGUAGCAGUGUGUAUUUAACUGACCUCUGGCACUCCCUGGCUGCAAAUAAACUACCUGCAAGACAAGUACUCAGAGUGCGAGGACAUGCUACGGGAGGCCAGAGAGGACAUUAAGAACCUGCGCAAAAAGAGCCUGCCCAACAGCACGGUGUAGCGCUAAAUCAAAUCAAAUCAAGUCUAAAAAAAAAUUUCACAUACACGUGUUUAGCAGAUGUUAUUGCGGGUGUAGCGAAAUGCUUGUGCUUCUAGAUCCGACAGUGCAAUAAUAUCUAUCAAGUAAUAUCUAACAAUUUCACAACAUAUACCCAAUACACACAAAUGGAAUGGAAUUCAAUAGUAUUUUCAAUGACAUAGCGGCAUGGACUAAGAAACAGUAGACUAUUAUAGAAUACAGUAUAUACAUAUGAGAUGAGUAAUGCAAGAUAUGUAAACAUUAUUAAAGUGACUAGUGUUCCAUUUCUUAAAGUGGCCAGUGAUUUCAAUAGGCAGCAGCAGCCUCUAAUGUGCUAGUGAGGGCUAUUUAACAGUCUGAUGGCCUUGAGAUAGAAGCUGUUUUUCAUUCUCUCGGUCCCAGCUUUGAUGCACCUGUAUUGACCUCGCCUUCUGGAUGAUAGCGGGUUGAACAGGCAGUGACUUGGGUGGUUAAUGUCCUUGAUGAUCUUUUUGGCCUUCCUGUGACAUCGGGUGCUGUAGGUGUCCUGGAGGGCGGGUAGUUUGCCCCCGGUAAUGUGUUCGGCAGACCGCACCACCCUCUGGAGAGCCCUGAGGUUGCGGGUGGUGCAGUUGUCGUACCAAGAGGUGAUACAGCCCGACAGGAUGCUCUCAAUUGUGCAUCUGUAAAAGUUUGUGAGGGUUUUAGGUGCCAAGCCAAAUUUCUUCAGCCUCCUGAGGAUGGAGAGGCUCUGUUGUGCCUUCUUCACCACACUGUCUGCGUGGGUGGACCAUUUCAGUUUGUCAGUGAUGUGUAUGCCAAGGAACUUGAAGUUUUCCACCUUCUCCACUGCGGUCCCGUCGAUGUGGAUAGGGGGGUGCACCCUCUGCUGUUUCCUGAAGUCCACGAUCAUCUCCUUUGUUUUUGGGGGCGGUGUUGGCUGGGCGUUGCACCCAGUGGCGGCUCCUGAACAAAUUCUCAGGGAGGGCAAUUUUUCUGAUGAUUUAGGUGACCUACACACAUUUUUAAAAAGAUAUGUCCAGCAACAACAUGAAGACAGGGGCAGCAUAUAAGUCAAUACCAGAAGCAUUUAUUGACUGAUCUCAAAAGUGUUGGCUUACAAAAGCAAAAUAAGUUAUCACAGUAAAAAUAAUCAAGGGUGUUCUUUCACAUUCCUCAACACUGCAUAAACAAUAUGCAUUUCCAUAAACAAAUGAAAUAUCAGCUGAAAAUACAGCAUCUUGGUAUUUGUUCAGAUUGCAGGAUCAACAAGAGCUUUUACCACAUUUUUUGAUAUCUGUUUAAUCUUACCUUAUGGCCUGCACUUGCUUGUGAAGCUGUCGAGGGCACGUUUGAUAGAGACAGCAUCGAUGUCCUUCUUCUGUAGCUUCUGGUACAGAAUGUCGACGUGGGGCAUGAUUUUGUGAAAAAGCCGCAGGAAAAAAAUUAAAUCUUCAUCAUGUAGUAUCCUCACGUAGCCAGCUGCCUCUCUCAAGGUGUGCUGGUCAAAUGAACCCAAUGAACCCGUCCGGAUGGCUUCAAAACAUUAUAUGAGGUCGUCUCGAUUCUCGUAGACAGUGUUCACGACUCUGCUGUUGCUAACCUCAUCGUUGUGGCGGCGGACAGCUAGCCUGUAUCCCUCAUCCAGUUGAGUGGCAAUAUUCACUCUCCCAAAAGCAGACAAUCUCAAACAGCUAUAUGUGGGUCUUUGACAGCUAAUUUUUCUUAAUCUUUUCUGAAAGAUGGUGCAUGUCGGUUACACCAGUCGCUGUCCAAGCGGUGCUGUCUGCUGUGCCGCCUUCAGGGUGGAAGAGUAAGCAGGGGUAGCAAAAAACUGCAUUAGCUACAUCGCAGCCUGCUAGCCAGGUUUUCCGUUCAUACCAAUUUUUGGAAAAUCCUCGGGUGUAGGACUUCCCCCCUUUAGUAGACACCUGUUGAAUUAUUAAAUUUGGUCUGGGGGGUCCUAAUUGUUUCGUUGCCAAUUUAUCUUCAUUUGUUCGCCGACAAAAAGGAACUUCUUUCAAAGACACAAUCGAGUUGGACUGAAGCCUAGCCAUUUUGAUAGUAGUAGUGAAUUGAAUGAGGCUGCUACCUGGUCUUUUCUUAGUUACGUUCAUUCGUGGUUACGUUAUGUAUGACGAAAGCGCGUAAGUGCAAGCCCACAGACACCCAUAGAGAAUGUAUUGAAAGCUUUGAAAUGUGACAAAACUAGAUUUUACAUGGGAGUCUAUGACAGACUUCUGGGCGAUUUUCAACCUGACUGAAAUCGCCCAAAAAACGGGCGGGGCCAUUUGAAGCACGACUUUAGCCUGAUUUGACAUUUAGUGGCUGGCAGAUCAGACGUGAACACUGAUAACUGCUGUUGCCGUGAUAUAAUUUUUUAUAAAUGUAUAAAAAAAAAAUAUUUUUUUUUUUUUUUUUUUUUUUUAAAUAAUUGAUUAGAAAAAAAAUCCCUUCCUUUUCCCGUUUGGCAGUGCGUCGCCCAUAUCGCCCUAUUGAACAAGCCGUCCCUGGUUGCACCCCCCUAUCCACAUUGAUGGGACUGGAGGUGGCGGUGACUCCCUGGCAGCAGAGAUAGAGGGCACCUUCCGCAAGGGCUUGGACGUCCCUGCCCCCUCCAAGUACAAGUGAGUGAUGAUGUCAAUGUGAAAGCAUGAAACACCGUUGACAAUGUGCUUUUUCCAACCUGUUAAGCUCAGUCGAAUGACAAUACCGGUAUGUCAGUUAUGUGCCAAAGGUGAAAUGUUACCAAUUACGUUUGAUUGAACAAAAACCGCAUGACAUAACAAGCACAUCUAUUGAUCCAAAAUAUAGAAUAUGUCAAAUACAAUGUUUAAAAUCUAAUAUUCAAGCACAAAUACACUGACAUAAACAUAUACAUGUUAGACUUAUUAACGGGCACUUCAUCACCACCACUAAUCUAUAUGGUUUAUCUAUGGUUGCCAAAGGAACCACCCGUGGAGCGUGUUUGAGACGGUGAAGGUGGUGAACCAAGCGUCGAGGCUGCGGUCGCGGUGCCACUCCCCCGGCCAGGUACCCGGCUCCAGCCCCAUGUCGCUGCACUCCAGCCGCGCCUCCACCCCCCGUACCAGCUACUACGGCUCAGACAGCACCAGCCUCACCUUGGAGGACAAACCACCUAGUGCCAUAUCGAGGCUGGCAGAGGUGUAUAGGUGGGACAACAGGUGAGACUGGCAACAGUGUAUAUGUGUGAAUUACAUUAACUCUCAUACAGAAUCUACACAGACAGAUACACAGAGUAUUUCCUUUUCAAAUUAAAUAAAAUCCAAUUGUAUUUGUCACAUGCUUUGCAGACAACAGGCGUAGACAAACAGUGAAAUAUUAGUAUAUUAAUGGACUUCUGUCACUCGUACAUGUUCAAACAUACAGCUUCUAUUUCUCUGGUCUAUGUCUACUAAUAACAGCAGUGCAUUUGUAUUCAAAACCUAUUCUACCUCUACUCUGAGUGUUAGUGCAUCAACAAUGUAUAGUAUAUCACUAACCUUCCUUUAUCUCUCUCUGAUCUCAGUGUUAGUGGCCCUAAGCGUCUGGGCAUACCUGGAGGCCAGGACCUAAAAGCCGCACUCCACUGUUUAUCUGACCGCCAACAGAGCCAUGCCUCAAGGCUCCCCUUCUUUGAGGGGACAGCCUGGUGUCCAGCUCGGUGGCUUCGACAGGCACCAUCUACUCCAAUGGCAGCUGGCUGCACUCCUCAGCCGGAUCGGGGGGCUUACGCUCCAACCUACCCGAUCGCCUGCAGAUUGUCAAGCCCCUGGAAGGUGAGGAGUGA